CGUCCUGCGGACUCUCGGAGCUCUCGGAGCGGGUCAGACUCAGACGAGCGGCUCCGCGUCGCGUCCACGACAUGCGCGCAGGGUGACGAGCGAAGUAUCGCAGUGCGUGCGUGCGUGCGCGUGAGCGUGUACACCCUCCUCAGACACCGUCUGUCUCGCGUCUUCAAUGAUAAUGUCGCAGCGGAGGCUUUAGACGAAGGAUCCACAGUAAACAAACCCACAGACACACCGCUUCUCUUUUCUCCGAUUUCAAGCCACAGCUUCAAGUUUCUGGUCCGAUCAACAGUCCAAAACACAAAGGCGGUACCUGUCCGAUGUCCUCUGCCCCCACAGUGUGAUGCGUCAUGGCUCCGGUGCUGAGCGGAGUGUGGUGGGGGCCCGAGGCCGGUGUCGUCGGAUCCGGGGCGGGAGCUGCCACCGGCGUGGCGUCGUGGUCGGGCGGCGGGCAAGUGGUCCUGGUCAUCGCCCUCAGCGCCCUCACCGCCCUGCUGCUGGUCUCUGUGCUGCUGCUGCUGUGUGCCAGCUGCCAUGGGCACAAGAAGGCAGUCAAUGGACAUCACGUAGGAGACCAUGAGAACCUCAUGAACGGAGUGUCAGAGAAAGAGACGAUCAGCCAAUCAGCAGACAGUCUAGCAACGGACGUGGCCAUCAGCAGCUCUCAUAAUGGUCCUCUAACCAGUGGUACAAUCCUCACCGACACGCACGACACCAGUCCCCAGCCGUCAGAGGAGAUGCUCUCCAGCCAAUCAGAGCUCAGGUCCUCCAAGUGUCCUCAGGACCGCGAGCUGCCGAGCAUUCCUCCCAACACCGGCCUUAUUGAGGACAGACCCCAAGCCUCAGGGGACAGCACCUAUGAGGUGGUGAAGGAGAUCGCCGCCGCGUCCCGUGACGUCAGCGUCGAAGACUCCCUGUACGACACGGUCAAGGAGCUCAAAGACCCGCCCACUCGGCUCAGCCUCCCCAACGGUACCGUCGAGCUGAGCGCCGACGAACCUCCCCAUCACCCCGCCGCCCUCCUCAACGGUCACCUCAGCCCCUGCACCCCUGAGCGGGGGCCCCUGUGCGCCGGGGUGGAGUACGCCUCCGUGGACCUGAAUAAGAAGAGUCGCCACAGCGCCGACAUGGAGGCCAGAAGGCGCUCGGAGAACGCCGGCGUCCCCUCCUGCAAGCCUCCGGACGAACCAGAGGAGGAGCUCCCUCCGCCGGUACCAGAGAAGGUUCUGGAUGAAAAUGACAACCAGCCAGGAGUGGUGAAUGAGCAGGCUGGGGCUGGGCUGCACAAUGGAGAGUUACACUCCCCUCUGUCUCCUGCGCUGGGGUUCGACAACCACAUUCUGUCAGACAAUGAGACAGCAGUGUACUCCAUGGUGAACAAAACCAACGGGGGUGAGAACGAGGAGGACAAAGAGCAUGACUACAGCAGCAUCGCAGAGCUCAAAGGCCUCGUCACGACCUCCUCCUCCAGCGACCUCUACGCCACCGUCCGAGACAUCUACGGCCAGCCCGACGACGAGUCCCAGCAGGGGGAAGACCCCACCUCGGAGGGCACGGACCCCGCCUACGAAACCAUCCGCAUGCCAAAGACCAGAAGCUCGGACGAUGACCACGCGGCCGGGCCGGGGCCGGGCGCCGCCAGGGCAGACCCCGACUACGAGAGCGUCGCAGAGUUGGGCCUGGGCCGGGAAAUGUCCCGCCUCUAGAUUUCUCCGGCCGUGGCGCUGUGGGGAGAGGCCCCCUUACUGACGUCACUGCAGUGCUGCGAAGCUGCCAGCAGGAGGGCUUUCAAUGCACGAAUCGGUGGGGGGGGGGGGGG